AAAUUAGUAAACGCUAGGGUCAUGAUCACGUAGAAUGAUAAGAAACCACUAUAUUAGUACCGCUUUGAGUUGGUACAAAACAGUGCUAAUUUCAUAUUAUGGUGUGAAAAGUGCAAAAAUUUUGGCUGUCUUGCCUGUGGCGGGCAAAAGUCACUACAUUCUUGCCAGUACUCUAAUGAGAGCACUUGCUGAAAGAGGGCACGAUGUGACUGUUAUAAGUUGUUGGGGGGAAAAGAACCCUCCAAAAAAUGGGACCUACAGGGACAUUGUUAUGACAGGAGCUAUGGAAGAAUUACAAAGACACUUGAGUUCAAAAGACUCCAAUAUGUUUACUAGGAAAGGUGUAAAUGUAUUUGUUGAUGUUUUUUUUGCGACUAUGAUAAUAUAUAGAUUCAACGAACUGACAAUGAAGCACGAAAAUGUGCAAAAAUUUAUCAGAUCUGGUGAAAAGUUCGACGUCGUUAUUGUAGAACAGUUUGCAAACGACGCCCUAAAGGCCUUAUCUACGCAUUUCGGGGCACCGUUGAUUAGUCUCAGUGCAAUGGGGGCCAGCUAUUGGACAAACCCUUUGGUUGGAAACCCUUCCCCACCAUCUUAUAUUCCCCAUUUCAGGUCAGACUUCUCUACUUCUAUGACUUUUUAUGAAAGACUCGUAAACAGUCUAUUGUACGCUUUUCAUGAUUUAUUGUACCAUUUCAUUGUUUUUCCUCAACAAAAUCAACUAAUGAAAAAGUAUAUUCCAAAUGCACCAGAACAUCUAAACGAUGUGCUUUACAACAGUUCCAUUGUUCUGCUAAAUUCCCACCCCAGUAUCAACCAACCUGUUCCACACGUACCUAACAUGAUCGAAAUUGGAGGUUAUCACCUUAAACGACCAAAAAAGCUGCCACAAGACCUUCAGGAAUUUUUGGACAGUGCCAAAGACGGCGUUAUUUACUUCAGCAUGGGUUCUAAUCUAAAAAGUGCAGUUUUACCGAGCGACAAAUGCGACGCAAUCCUUAAAACUUUCGCAAAAUUGAAACAAAAAAUCCUGUGGAAAUGGGAAGAGGAUGAUCUUCCGGGAAAACCACCAAAUGUUAAAACUGCCAAAUGGUUACCGCAACAAGAACUUCUUGCACAUCCUAACGUUAGACUUUUUAUAACACACGGUGGUCUUUUAAGCACGACUGAAACCAUUUAUCACGGAGUGCCCAUUUUGGCAAUACCUAUUUUUGGUGAUCAGAAAAUUAACGCAAGAUCUGCAGUUACGAGUGGUUAUGGUGUUUACCUAGCUUUCGAUAAACUAAACGAAGAAACGUUGACUAACAGUAUUAACCAAAUUUUAAAUAACAAAAAAUACAAAGAAAACGUCCAAAUGCGAUCACGACUUUUUCACGACCGUCUUGUUAGUCCUUUGGACACAGCUAUUUAUUGGGUCGAAUACGUUAUUCGACACAGAGGAGCACCUCAUCUGAGGGUUACAGCCUUGGACUUACCGUGGUACAAAUAUUUAUUACUAGACGUUAUUGCGGUGAUCGCUUUAGUAUUACUAAGUUCGUUACUUAUUUUCUGUUACAUUGUAAAAUUAAUUGGCCGAUUAGUAUGUUCAAAGAAGACCAAAACGAGCAAGAAAGCGAAGAAAGAAUAGUUUAAUACGUUUGUAAACCUUAUUUUAAAUAAAUUAAUAAAUAAAUAAA